AUGCAACACCCUAAACGACGUGUCGUGUUCUCUGCGCAGCAAUCGAAUUUUCGAAAUGGCUUGCACAGAGACGUGCCUAAUUCCUCAAGCGCUGGGCUUGGACAUUAUCAGAGCUCCUUGGUGGCAGGAGAAGUCGAAUACUUGUUUAUUGUUGACUGUAAUCAACUGUAUAAGCCCACACUUCAGAUUGCAGCAGCUGAAAGUUCGUUCCCGGUUUGA